AUGUUUGUAUCAAAGCUUAAAAACUUUGAUGCCUAUCCAAAGACUGCUGAUGACUUUAACAUCAAGACUUAUUCUGGUGCUAUAGGUAUAGUAUUAGUAUCACAAGAGAUAAGAGAUUGA